AUGGCCGCGUUGUCGUAUGCUGUAAGUAAAGCGUACAGCAAAAUGUCCGCAAAUCAAUCAGAAAUAUCAGACAAUCAAACAGUGGGUGCCAUCAUAACAGCUGUUAAUAGUAUGAUGGGCAGACAGGAAAUAUCACAACCACAAGUAAUGAGCUAUCUAGUAGGCGGAGGCGACCACUACACAUCUCACAAAUUUGCUAUACUCAAAUGGCACAGUAUAAGAAGGUUUUGCAUGUCUCAUCACACUAAAUCCAAUCAGACGCCCAACAACAGCACAUUAGACGACGUAAGCAAUACCAACGAACAAGAAAACGAAGAGUCAGUUGAGUUAAAUAUGGGUGACAGAGACAUAACGGCGUCCAACCAACGACUGGACUAUUGUUUAAGACCAGCGAACGACAAAUUCAUAGAUUUGUGUUUGUAUGACUUUGUAGCAUGGGGUAUCAAACAACGGUAUACCAAAGAAAUGUUACACAUUGAAACAGCAGUACGUCCAGGAUCAUUCUUAAACGACGAGCACCCUGAGUAUUUCACCCAUUAUAUGACAAUCAGAAGAAAAAGUUGUAUACCAAUUAUACUAGGCCCUUCUAUUCCGAAUCCAUUGAAGUCUGAUCAACUAAAAGAUGACUGGGCAAGGGACAUGUUACUCCUCUUCAAACCGUGGAGGGAUAUAUCAGAUUUAAAGACCCCAUCAGAAACAUGGACAGACGCAUUUCAUAACUACGAGAUAUCAAUGAAACUAGAACACACGCGCAUCAUACAGAACAUGCAAGCUUUGACAGAAUGUAGCGAGGCCCGCGACGCACACAGGCAGCGCAGACGUGGAAAAACAUCCGAGGAUGUAGUGUCCGAUGAAGUACAGGAUAUAAUAUUAACAGACACGGAAGGUAAUACAGACACCCUCAACCCUAACGAUGUAUACUCUCCAGAUCCCUUCCAAUGCAUUGAAAACCCCAACGAAGACUUUACAACAAACUUACACGACUCCAUAGAUAACAUAGGAGAGGAAACUUCAAGAUUUCUAGACAUGUGUCUCCCACUGGAUACAACGGAAACUGCUGUGGACACGGAAUAUCAAAAAUCAGUUCCAGUAAACCAACAAACUCUAACAUCACAUGAAGUGGAUGAUCUGUUAGCAAGCCAUCGCGCCAUCAUGAAAUCAAAAAGAAAACGUGCAAUGCUACAUGAACCCGACACAGACGACAUAACUACGCCACCCAAACGAUAUCGCAAUGGGAACUAUGCACCUAUUGCCAAGCAAGCUAUACUCCAGGAUUUGUAUGAUUUAAGUCAUAAUUACAAUUCAAUAACAGACACUGACACCAUGAACAACAUCGCAGAAGAAAUGGGACUUUUAAAUAACCCAGAACAGCUAAAGGCGUUCCGAAUCAUCGGUAACCAUAUCAUAACCGACAACAAGGAACAGUUGCUGAUUCAUAUUGCAGGCGUUGGCGGUACAGGAAUGAGUUAUUAUUAG